AUGUAUGAAGACAAUUUUAGCGCCGACUUGUUCGUGAAUCGCGACUACAAGUGUCAGGAAUUCGAUUUUGGCAUUUUAAAGCAGAAGCUUCUGUGCUCUCACGCCGCGUCAACUGAUCACGACCUGACUGGUCAAGUAGUGUGGCCAGUCUCUGCCUUCCUGGCCUGGUAUCUCGUCGCACAACGUGAUAAAAUUGUUGGAAAAAACGUCGUAGAGCUGGGAGCUGGUGCAGGACUAAGCGGCCUUGUUGCCUCUCAAUUUGCAUCCCACACCGCUCUGACGGAUGGAAACGAUAUUGUGCUGGAUCUGUUGAAGGAUAACGUACAGACCAACGCCGAUGCCAGCAAAGUUCAAGCGCUUCAGCUAAUUUGGGGAGACUACGCCAGUGUCAAAGCCUUUGAGUAUUCAUUUCCGUAUCCUGUGGAUAUGCUCAUCGGUGCUGACGUUGUGUGCUGGCCCAAUCUUGUCAAGCCAAUUUUACAAACUGUAAAAUAUUUGCUAUUACGGUCGCGCAAUUCAAUCAAGACAAAAUUCUGUUGUGGUCUCGUUUGUCGUGCCCAGUCGACAGAAGAUUUAUUCUUUCGUGAAGCAGCGGCAUUCGGCUUCCGUUAUCAUAGGAUUCCACAUGAUACAUUUCUUCCAACUCCACGACCUGCUGCUGUGGCUUCACAUCGGGAGCUGCAGCUAGUCGUACUGAAGCUUGACCCUAAAGCUCCGAAUUGGAAUGAACCUGUCCAGUUUGCCGACGCAAAACUAUUGAGCCUACAGACCGCCUGUUAA